CUUUUCUAGCAAAUUUCGAUCAUCUUUUCGUAUUUUUGCAACAUAGCCCAACAACCAUCCGCGCACUUCGUAUACCAUUUAUCUUGGUCUGAUGGAUCUUUCGAUUUGUUCUGUUCUGGUUCUGUUUGGCGUGUUUUAUUCUGAGUCUUAGAUACUGGUGUUCUUACUCGCCGCGUGAACUCUUUUUAGUAAGUACCUCAUGUCUGCUUCGGAGUCGUCGUCCCCUUCUGCGGGCGCGACGUUAAGAGCAACGCAGCCCGAGGACCUGGUUGCGUUCACGAUUGGCAGUCGCGUUCGUCGCGAAGUAAAUCUCCUGAUCGAGGAGAUCGAUCAAUGGCGCAAUGGGAUUCGCGUCCUCGGUGUGGGCGACGCGUUGUUGAAUUCCGGCGGAUGGGGGCGGGCACUUACCCAGAAGCUGCACUACCAAUACGAAAUGGCGGUCCGCUUCUCCUCGUCAGCCUCCUCCAGUGCCACGGAGGAAGUUUCCCCCGGUGCGCCGUCGUCCUCGCCAAUAAAACUACAGGGCGGAGAAGCUAAAAGUCAAAACGGCGCAGCUUCCACCGGCAGGAAAGUGUUGAUGUUUCUGGACGCCUAUGACGUCAUCGUACCAGACCCCUCGGAGGAGAAAAUUCUUGCGCGGUUCGACGAGCUCCGUCGCAAGUACCCGCACUGCGAAGUGUUCUUCAAUGCGGAGUUCUGGUGCCCCGCCAACUGCGCCGGCGCCGGGGGGGCGGCAACCAGUGCGCGGGGCUUUACGUAUCGCAACGACGCGGGGGACGUAAACAAGUGGGACCGGCUACCGUUUCUCAAUAGCGGAGUCUUCAUUGGGUACGCCGAUACCAUUCGUGCCGUGCUGGAAGAUCCCGAAUAUCUGGGAUGGAUGCUCGACAAUGAGAGUGACGACCAGUGGUGGUGGUCAAAGGUGUGGAUUCUGGACCGAGAGCGCGGCCGCAACCGCCUGUGCCUGGACGUGCACAGCGAGCUUUUGCUUACCACAGCGGUCGCAGAAGUUGGCGGGUACGUACGCGCACGGACUGGCAGCUUUGCAUCAUCUUCCCCGUCGCGCCCGACGUUGCAGCCCGUGGCCUCCAGUGCGAUCCAACCGCUGUCCGCUCGGUUUCCGAAGGGCUACCAGGGCAAAAUGGAUGGAUACGACGUCGUUCUGAACCCGUUUUACAACUCCUCCUCCGCGCGACUGGAGAACGACGCGGCAGAAGCAGCUGCAAAGUCGUUGUACUCUGGCGGCCUGGUGACACGAACCGAUACGGGGGCGCACCCGCUCGUUUUACACUUUAACGCGGGACGCAAGGGCUACUAUCGUGCGUACGAAGUCCUCCGACCCCACAGCACUGACAUCAUGGGGAGCAACGCAGAGCUGAUACCGCUCGAGAACGCGCCCUCGCUCAUUUUGCUGGGUGGCUCCGGCUUCAUAUGUCUGCGAGGCUUUCUUCUCCUGCUCUGGGUGGUGGCACCCUUCGCGUGGUGUGGCUUCGCUCGCCGCUUUGUACACUGUGUGCGUCGAGCAAAAAAUUUCCUCUCGUAAUCAUACGAGGACAUCAGACAACCCGCGGUUGAACCAAGCGGCAAAAAAUGGAACAGAGUCAGAGAAAAAAGAA